AUGCCAGCUCAAGCUCAAGCUGAGGAACUGCCAGGAAGCCCAGGGAACGGGUCCGGGGCGGAAGCACGUGACUUUGUGGACUCCCGGCAUGAAAGGCCAAUCUGUCCCCAGCGCCGGGGGGCCGCUUAUGAUGAUCUGUUAUUGUUGCUGCCGCCGCCCGCUGACCCCCCAAUGGACUUGGCCUCGGACGUAGGAGUCCGUCACUCGGUCGUUCUCUCUAGCCUGGAAAUCCGUCAUCUGGUUGACUUCUCCCCCGCAACUGCUUCCAUUGCCCGGGAAAUCCGCUUCUGUGUGAUCGCCAUUGUGGUUGGGUGGACCACCUCGCGCGUUGUCUCCGCCUUGUUGAACCGAAGAUCUUCGUCGGACCAGUAA